AACCUCUUGUCACAGGGAAAUGUUCUUCCUUGUUUUGAGAGUUUUCUCCAAAGCUUCGCUUUGUCUGCACUAAAAGAACAAGAAGCUGCAGACUCGUACUAAAUCCUAACCCUUUUCAUUCGCUACCAAAAUCUCACGUUAAAAUUUAAGUCCCUCCAUCUCCUCAUCUCGUAUAGCAAAAAAAAGCACAGGCUUAAGAAUGUCGACUCAAACACAGCAGCCUGAAACACAACAACCCGUUGUAGUUUACCCAAAUACCGUGUCAGGACAAGCGCCGCCAUCUCAUUCUCACUCGAAUGGAUCGUUUGGAACAGUUUUUAUUGUGCUGGCAGUAAUCGUUGUUAUAUCAGCUAUAGCUUGCUUUCUUGGAAGACUCUGUAACCGGCGCAUGAGCCAAACAAAACCCUCCAAGCGAAACCAAAACCAUACCAUCCGCCCUAAAGAAAGGGACAUAGAGUUCGGGUUGGAUGGGAGGAAUCCUGCUGCCAAACCACCUGGCCAUGGUGAUCCCAGCAAAGGGUUCAAAAUGCCCGGAAAUGGAGAUCCCAGAGGGUUCAGAAUUCCUGAACAUGGGGAUCCUAGAGGAAUAAGAAUGCCAGGAAAUGGGGAUCCCGCAGGAUUUAGAAUGCCUGGAAAUGGGGAUCCCACGGGAUUCAGAAUGCCUGGACAUGGGGACAUCAAAGGUGAAACUAAGCCUAUAGAUGAUGGAGAGCUUAAGGCCAGCGCAUGAUACAGGGCACAGAAUGAAGAGGUUCCAGGCUUGUGGCACUUUAUUUAUCUUCUUUUCUUUUCCUUUUUUAUUUUUCAAAUUUUCAACCUUAUGUAGUUUCUUAUUUUUAUGAUCUUGCACAUGUAUUUAUUUGCUUAUAUUGAUCUUAUAAGAUCGCAGGGAUUAGGGGAAAA